GCUCGCGGGCAGAUUAAUGUGGGAUUUGAGCACCUGACUAAAGUAACGGGAAACUGCUGAUCACUGGAUCAACGCGCGCUGGAACCUUUUCAUUUAAUUGCUAAUGGAUUAAUGAAGCGUAAUUCUUAUUUUUGCCUUGCUGUCUCUUUUAAAGUCCGAGAAGAUGGACUGAACUCUAGUACUCGAUUGAUCUGUGUUUUAUUUGGCAGUGCUUUGUAAUGAUCUUCUGAUGUUUAGAAACUGAAGGAUGUUCACCAAGAGUCACAAUGAGCUAAUAAUCUGUCAUUAAUUGUGCCUUUUAAAAAUAUUGAACCAGACUGGCUAGAAAUAAUCGAGUUUAAUUGAACAUUUAACUUGAAGAGCAAAAGGUCAUAUUUUAUGAGCUUAUAUACGGCCGUCUGUCAAUGUCAGGUCGCUGCAGUUUUGUUUCCUGUCCAUCGACAUCGUUUGCAAAGGUUACAGCAAUUUCUGUUGUGUUGAACAUGAGAAAAUCUUUUUUCAAACGAGCAAAGGCAUUGCCUUGGAUAAGCAAUGUGACUCUGUACGGAUGCUUGUUCGCCGGUGGGGAUUUCGUGCAUCAGUGCAUGAUCGCGCAGAGAGAAGAAAUGGACUGGAGGCACACGAGAAACGUGGCGAUUGUGGCGCUGAGUUUUCAUGGGAACUUCAAUUACUCCUGGUUGCGAGCCUUAGAACAUCGUUUCCCGGGAAGAUCGGCCAGCAUGAUUUUCCGCAAACUGCUUUUGGACCAAACUUUUGCUUCACCUUUGGCGACCAGUGUCUUCUACACAGGUGUGAGUUUCUUGGAGGGCAAAGAGGACAUAUUUGCAGACUGGCGAGAAAAGUUUUUUAAUACAUAUAAGACUGGACUGAUGUACUGGCCAUUCAUGCAGUUUCUGAAUUUUGUUCUGAUGCCUCUGUACAUGAGGACAGCAUUCAUGGGCUGUUCAGCGUUCCUGUGGGCCACGUUCUUAUGUUUCUCACGACAGAGUGGGGACGGCACGGCAGCAGUGGCCUUAGCUUGGAUCAUGGCCCCCAAAAAACGGCUUCUACCUCGCAGUACAGACGAGGAGAAAUAGACACACAGUGGAGCACAUAAACAACAUUGUGCCUUUGCGGAUGGACAGUUCUGUCCCACAAUGGUACUGCAUUGACGCUGUGUUGUGUUUAUAAAUCUUGUCGCUUAUGAUCUUAUUAAGAGUGAUAUUAAAUUAACAUAUUUGUGUGCUUUAUAUUUAUGCUGAACAAGCCCAUUUUACGUUAUAUAGUUUUAUGUGAUUCAAUUGAUUUAUUACAGAAGGGAAAUGCAUUGUGUCUUUAUGAAUUUCAUUGGGUGGGUUGGAGGGGCCUUGUGACAUUUGUGCCCCAGGUUAGGUUGCCAUUCAACCCAAAUACCUUAUUAAUUUAUUGAAAUAUUUAAAAAUGGACAUACUGUGCAGUGUUUUAUCCAAAUGUAACUGUCUUUCUAAAGACAAAUAAAGAUGCAUUCACUCAUAAGGUUUACAUAACUUGCACAUGUAUUCUUAAGGGAUGCAGUUUUAAAAAGAUUUGUAUCUUAUUAAACUUGUAAUAGAACAAUAUAUUUAUUGUGAUUAAAUAUUGCAGAGUUUACACUAUUUUAGAUUAAGCAGUGUUCACUUUUUGUAGGUGAGUUGUACAGUUUCUUGUGGUGCUGUUUUUAUGAAAGUGUAUGUAAGAGGUGAUGUGUUUAACCUCGCAGAAUUGUGAAACGCGACAGCUUAAUGUAGAUUUUAUGAGAUAUUGAGGGUGAUGCUGGGUAACAGAUAA